CACGUGAGGCCCAGGUGGCGGCGCAGCUACGGCAAGAGAGUGAGAAGGAAGGGGAAGCCGGAAGGGGCGCGAGUGAAGCAAAGCGAGGAAAGGCAGCUUCCGAGAGGGCGAGGGGUGCGCGUGCGGCCGCUUAUCGCCUCAGGUCUCCUCUCGGCUUGGCUGCCCUCCCUCGCGGCUGGGUGACAGCUGGGCCCGGUCCGUCGCGGGCUGCCUGGGGCUCAAGGAUCGAGCACCCUGUCUUCGCGCGUGGUGCCUGCCGCCCCGCCCCCUCGUCCCGCCCGUCCCGUCGCGUCGCGUCCCGUCCCCUCGGGUGCUGCCAGCCGGGUGCUGAUGUGAGUCGGUGGCAGCGAGGACAUUUUCUGACUCCCCGGCCCCUGACCCGGCUGCACUUUCCAUCCCGUCGCGGGGCCGGCCGCUACUCCGGCCCCAGGAUGCAGAAUGUAAUUAAUACGGUGAAGGGAAAGGCGCUGGAAGUGGCUGAGUACCUGACCCCGGUCCUCAAGGAAUCAAAGUUUAAGGAAACAGGUGUAAUUACCCCAGAAGAGUUUGUGGCAGCUGGAGAUCACUUAGUCCACCACUGUCCAACCUGGCAAUGGGCUACAGGGGAAGAAUUGAAAGUGAAGGCAUACCUACCAGCAGGCAAACAAUUUCUGGUAACCAAAAAUGUGCCGUGCUAUAAGCGGUGCAAACAGAUGGAAUAUUCAGAUGAAUUGGAAGCUAUCAUUGAAGAAGAUGAUGGUGAUGGCGGAUGGGUAGAUACAUAUCACAACACAGGUAUUACAGGAAUAACUGAAGCAGUUAAAGAGAUCACAUUGGAAAACAAGGACAAUAUAAGACUUCAAGAUUGCUCAGCACUAUGUGAAGAGGAAGAAGAGGAAGAUGAAGGAGAAGCUGCAGAUAUGGAAGAAUAUGAAGAGAGUGGAUUGUUGGAAACAGAUGAGGCUACCCUAGAUACAAGCAAAAUAGUAGAAGCUUGUAAAGCCAAAACUGAUGCUGGCGGUGAAGAUGCUAUUUUGCAAACCAGAACUUACGACCUUUACAUCACUUAUGAUAAAUAUUACCAGACUCCACGAUUAUGGUUGUUUGGCUAUGAUGAGCAACGGCAGCCUUUAACAGUUGAGCACAUGUAUGAAGACAUCAGUCAAGAUCAUGUGAAGAAAACAGUGACCAUUGAAAAUCACCCUCAUCUGCCACCACCUCCUAUGUGUUCAGUUCACCCAUGCAGGCAUGCUGAGGUGAUGAAGAAAAUCAUUGAGACUGUUGCAGAAGGAGGGGGAGAACUUGGAGUUCAUAUGUAUCCUUCCCUGUGUGUAGGAUUAAUGGCAAAAUGGCUUUAGGAUUUUUUUUUUUUUUUUUUGAGAAAUUUAGUGUAACCUUAAUGACAUAGUACCUAUAACUUGUUUUAACUUCUCAUAUCUGAAAAUCCUAGUGGAAGUCUUUAAUUUAUUUAGAAAAUGUUUUUUGUGGUAGUUACACCUUGCUUAGUUGAUUAGAACAUGUCCCCAUGUGUAGCAGUAGCUCAGCCUUGUUACAGAGGUAACUACUAAUUUAGAGUAAUAACAUGAGUAUCUUUUUCUUAGGUAUAUUUCCAAUUUAACUUGUUACCAAAAAUGUACUUUCCCAUCAGGUAAAAGUAAAAUUAUAGGUUGUGUCAAUUGGAGGUGUCUCUGAAGCAAAUAAUUCAACUUAAACAAAUAGGUAAAUUAAAAAGUAAUUAAUGUACUACAUGAAGUGCUUUAGAUAUUCUUAAAAUAUAGUAUGUUCAUUUUUCUCAAGACAGUAGCACCUUUCUUGUAUCUUACUAUAGUUUUCCUACUCAGUUUUCUUGGAUUGACAAAAGUAAUAAAUUCAAGUUAAUGCCCAAGCAAACUGUUGGAUCCUAAAGUACCUGUACGCAUAGCAUAGAUUCAUCACACAGUCAAAAUCAGUGAUUAAGAUGCCAGAUAGCUUGAAUUAGUUUCAUGCUAGGUUAAUAGUUGACAUGGUGGUGGUUUCUGUUACUAAGUAUUAGAUUAGAUAUGGAGACUCAGACUGAGGGGCGUUGCUAAUAAAGUGUGUCCCUAAGAAGAACUAUGAGCUGAUUUGAUAUUGAAACAAACCUAAAACUUCCAGUCCAAACCAUAUUUACUCCUAAAGUCCUAUUAUGCCUAACUGGCACAUCUCUAUGCUGGAUACUAGGAAGCAACUGGGAAGACUGUCUAUAUAUAAUUCAUAAUAGUAAUUGGUUUCCCCCAAUGAAAAGUAAGCUCUUAACGUUUUUAAGUGCAAUGAACAUAAAAAAAUUUCAGAAUUUAAUUAAAGACAGUCCAGUAAAGCAGUGUGACAAAUACAUACAGUAACCUAGAAUCAGUCUACUAUAUAGGGUUUUCAUUUAAGUUUUUUCUCUUUUGCUACAGUACUUUUAUAGUCUAUUCUGCCUUAUUUUCUGACAUAACUCUAGCAAACUUAAAGGGGUCUAGUAAAUGAGUACAUUUUGUACUCGAUUAAACAUGUAUAGCUUUGUCCCUUUAUUUUUAUAUCAAAGUAAUUGUGCUUAUAUGAAUGCCUACUCAUUAAGAAGCUUCAAAUUCAAUAUUAGAAUGAGUGGUCAGGUAACUUUAAAGAGCCUCAUGUUAAAUAGACAAAAAUUUGCAUAGUUGAAUUCUUUAAUAGACUUAAUUUAAGGGUUUUUGAUUUUUUUUGAGAAAUUAAUGGCUUAAUAAAAUGGAUAAUUACAACAUGGGCUUAAAACAUAGAACUGUUUACAAAUCUUAUUUUCCUUAACUAAACCUUUAGGUAUCUUCUUAUUUUCUUGAAAUUUGUACAAGCUGUCAUUCCAACAAUAGAAUAUGACUACACAAGGCAUUUCACAAUGUAGUGAAGAGAGCAUAAAAUCUAUCCUAAUUACUGGUUCUGAUUUUUAAAGAAUUAACCCAUAGAUGUGACCAUUGACCAUAUUCAUCAAUAUAUACAGUUUCUCUAAUAAAGGGACUUAUAUGUUUAUGCAUUAAAUAAAAAUAUGUUCCGCUACCAGCCUUAUUUGUUUAAUAAAAAUCAGUGUAAAGAGACA